UGUUGCUUUUGCAUGACAAGCAGAGUGUUGGUUGUUUCACCGAGAAUAAGUGAUACAUUCGUCAAACUUUUUUUUAUGUGCACUGGUGCAACUGUGUAUUUUUCUUUUUUCGUUUUCUGCUUGGAAUCGCGUUGAAUUUCGAGUUUUUUUUCGUUUUGGUUUUUUUUUCUGUUUGAUUUCUGGCUGCGUGCAGUAUACCAUUGCCUUACGAAUUUGAAAUCGACCGAAGUGAUUUUCUUCACGUGUACUACUGGAUUGUGUCCGCUGUGCAUAAUCAGUGAAAAAGUGCUCAAUUUUCCAAAUUGAAUUUGUUUCACAAAAAAAAAAACGAAUUAACACACUCUCUCUAUCUCACACACUCAUCUUCGAUUCGAACAACAAAAAGGGGCGAAAAAAGAAACACUCAAUAAAAGAAAAAUGGACGUGUUUUUAAUGAUCCGACGUAAGAAAACGACCAUCUUUACUGAUGCCAAAGACAAUACAUCCGUAGGAGAAUUGAAAAAAAUGAUCGAAGGCAUACUAAAGGUGCAUCCAUCAGAUCAACGUUUAUUCAAAAAUAACGAUAUGAUGAACGAUGAAAAACAGCUGCAGGAAUACGGAAUUACAAUUUCGACGGCUAGAGCGCAGUCACCAGCACAAUUGGGUCUUGCAUUACGUAGGCUGGAGAAUGGCGAAUUUGAGGAAUUAGAAAUAGCGCCGUACUCAUCACCACCAGACUUACCCGAUGUCAUGAAAAACCAAGAUUCAGCUAAUGGCCAAGAAACAACACACAUUACUUCUUAACUUAAUUUUUAAUGGAAAUUCUAUUGGAAUUAUAAAUAUGCGCACCCCACACACAUACACACAUUCAAUAUAUAAAUUAACAAUUCAUUUUUUGCAACAAUUAAAAUCAAGUUGAUAAUUGAUAAAAAAGAAAAAAAAAACAACAACAAAUAUUUUAUUAUGAUAUAAUUCCUCUUUUAAUCUUUUUUUUUUCUUUUUUCAAAUAAAAAGUAAAAUACAUUUGGAAAUGUUUUGAUGAGAAGCUUCCUUUUUCAGAAUGGAGGUAAUUUUAUGAACGAAGUCAACUAAUUGAACAUUAUCAAUUUGCUUUCAAACGGUAUUUGACACUCGAAUUAAGCAAUAAUAAAACAUUUUCAAAUUAAAAUUGAUUACCACAUUCUAUUUCAAUUGCAAUUUAGCUGAUACAAUCAAGAUCAAUGUCAUACGAUUAGAUAAAAGAACAAAAACAACUAAACUCAUGAGUUGGAGUUUAUCAAAUUAAAAGCGAAUUAUUAUUGAGUAA